AUAACGCUCUGUUUAAUUGCUUUCGUAUUGUAGCAAACGACGCUAGCCUCGGUUGCUGGAGUCGCGCCUUGAUGGCGUCACCGCGGCUCACGCUAUUAUGCUAAAAAGGACGCGUCUCGGUGCACGGCGGUUAUGGCGGCGCUGGUUCGAGGCCUGCGCGCUGGAAGAGCUCUAUGGGGCAUCGGCAGCGCAGUAGCGCUCCAGAGCAGACCUCAUCCCCAAUACCUCUCACUGACCAGAACCUUCCACCCUUCCGCCUUCCUCAAACUUACUGAUGACCCCAAAGUUCACCAGAACACACCAUCUCAGUCUGAACAUGAACACCAGCAGACCCAGGAUUCAGGAACCGGUCAGACGUUUUGCUCCACAGAGCAACCCUGUGCUCCUGACACUCAGCAGGAGGAACUUCAGUCUAACACCAGUUAUCAGGAUCAGGGCGGUGAGCAGGCGGAGGAUUAUGAGACGGAGGAGCAGCUGCAGGCUCGCAUCCUCAACGCUGCGCUGGAGUUUGUUCCUGAACACGGCUGGACACUGGAAGCCGUCGCUGCAGGAGCCGAGACUCUCGGCUUGUCUGGUGCCUCAGCCGGUAUGUUUAAUAACGGCGCAGGAGAUCUGGUGAUACACUUCAUCAGCCAGUGCAACUCUCAGCUCGCAGACAUUCUGGCUGAGCAAAAUAACCAGGUCCAGCUUGGACAAGCAGAAAAGAAGGCGACAGCCGAGUUCCUGAAGGAUGCAGUUGAGAUCCGCCUCCGGAUGCUGAUUCCCUACAUAGACACCUGGCCACAGGCAAUGAGUGUACUUCUGCUACCUCACAACAUCCCAGACAGUCUCAAGCACCUCUCCAUCAUGGUGGAUGACAUCUGGUACUACGCAGGAGAUCGCUCCACAGAUCUUAACUGGUACUCGCGACGCGCAGCAUUAACGGGAAUCUACAACACCACGGAGCUUGUGAUGCUGCAGGACACGUCCCCUGACUUUGAGCAGACUUGGACCUUCCUUAACAACCGUAUCCAGGACGUGGUUACCGUAGCGAACGCGGCUAAACAGGUGCAGUCAACAGGAGAGGCUGUAGUUCAGGGCUUGAUGGGUGCUGCGGUCACACUGAAGAACCUCACAGGGUUGAACCAGAGAAGAUAAACCAGUCCUCCAUUUCAUCUACCCUUCAUCUGUCAUGCUCUUCUGCCGCAACGCAUCUGAUCAUUCUCCAUCGCGAGUCUCUUUAGUCACUUUGCUGUUAGUUUGGAUUAAAUUAUUUAAUUUGUGCUCUUCAGUCACAUUAAUAGGCUUCGUGUGCCAAAGCUCUCGAGUAUGACUGAUCUGUAUUCUCCAGCUCUGCACCUCUACUAUAAUCGAACUAAUUGAAAAUUCACAUGCUUCUAAAUACAGUGAAAGGUGUGUUUUAGGUGUGCAAUAUUCAGUAGAGCAGGUUGAUCUGUCCCGAUUCCGACCCUGUUCACGAGUUUUUGUUUUGCUUUCUGUAUAAACUUUGCAGAACAAUAAAUGUUUAUUAUACUUGAAAUUAAAGUUUUCAUUAAACAUU